AUGUUCGAAGACUUCUCUUUCACAUCUCCGUCCUCACGGCCCGCCCGACUAGCUCUGGACCCAGAUGACCGCCUGAUGGUCGACGGCGACAGCGCCCUAAUAUCGCCUCUCUCCUCCCGCUGCCCAUCACCACAGCCGCACCGCUUCCGCAAUAUCUCGCGCUCGCGCUCUUCGCACUUCCAUCGCUCCCAACAACCUCCCACCUCCGUCCCCUUCCCCUAUGACUCAGACCACAAGCGGCUCUCGAUCUCGACCCUGACCCAGAAAUUGCACGAGCAUACCCUCGCCACGCCGACCAGCGACAGUCGUUCAAACCAGAACCCGAAUCAGCGCUUCGCCCAGGGUCAGGGUCAAGGUGUGGGUGGUGGAUACGGAUAUGACGGACGAUAUACGCCCCGUUCCCGGUAUGGCGGCUACAACCACGGACUCGUCCUCACACCCCCAGAAACAGACCACUCGGACGACUCAGGCGUAGAUGGCUUCUCCUCGCCAUCCGCAUCCUCAAAUCCCAGUCCAACAUUCAUGCCGCCAGACCUCCUUCCCGACCUACCCGAUUUCGGACUGGAUAGCUCAAACCCUCACCUGCGCCAGGACCAGGAUAUAAGAUUGCAGCGGCAGCAGAUAUCCCGGUUACAGUGCAACCAAUCGGAAGUGGAAGCUAUGCAGCGGAGUCUAUUAGCAGAGGAAGGAGGCGGGGCUGGCGACCCAUCGCGUGAAGAAGAUGAUUGCCAUCCGAGUGAUUUACCGCCGCGGUUAUCGCCGCGGCGGAGGGCUGUUACGCUUGCUCGGUCGAGGUUUGGGCCUGAGGCUGCUUCUGAUGCGAGGGCUAGGCGGAAGAGUAGUUGCGGGGGUCUUUUGUCGAGUCGCGUUGAUAAGAGUCAUUUGAGUGGGUAUGCUGGGGUUGGGAAGAAGAGGAGUGAUAAUGGGCUUAGGCGGAAGAGUCUUGUUAGUGCUGCUUUGGCUUCUAUGGUUGAGAGGGAGUGA